AGGCUGAGGUAGUCGAUCAUGUAUUUGUGAAAGCAAAGAUCAAGGGCCACCACUGUACUUGAUUUAAUUAUUGGCAGGCAGGGAGGUAGGGUUAAUGAAAUAAAAUAAGAUUGGGAUUGGAUUGCGAGCGGCAUGAAGGUGCGGCGGGUGUUUUGGGCAGUAGUGAUGAUGAUGUUUUACAGUAGCGGGUGUUGGGAUGCUGCUGCUGCUACUGCUGGGGUGGUGAAUGUUGGGUGUAUGCUCAUUCUGGAUUCCCCAGUUGGGAAAGUUACCAAAUUGGCUGUGGAGGCCGCCGUGGAGGACAUCAAUUCCAACCCAACUCUUCUUCCUGCAACCAAGCUCAACCUCACCCUCCUUGACACCACCCCCACUGCCGCCUUUCUUCCCAUUCUUCAAGGUACGAAGAUGGCUUUACUCAUUUUCACCUCGACUUCACUCGCCUCAAAGAGUGGGGGAUUGGGGGACUGAGAGGUCAGAGUUUCUAGAUGAGCAGAAAAUAUCACACAUGAGCAGGAACGAAAGCUGAGUCAGAUGAAGAGGAGUUGGGCUAGACAAAAUUGAUUAUGUCGGAGGGAGCUUACCUUCCUUGUUUCAUGUUGGGGGCGCUAGGUGUACUCUUUUUCCCUUUAUUAGGAUUUUUUCCCACUGGGUUUUUUCCUAGUAAAGGUUUUUAACGAGGCACCUCCCCAUCAUGGACAAGGGUGGUGGUCCCCGGUCGGAAAGGAAGAAAUCAAAGACAGAAGAGCGUUGCAGAUACAGUUUGGACUACUCCCUUUCGUCUCGAGUACUCUCAACUCAGAGAGUGGGGGACUCCUGAUGGAUUAUAUGGACUCCGAGCCCCGGUAUGCCGACUACUGGGCCUGGACAGCGGCCCACACACGUUUAUCAGAUUCUUAUUAUUGUACAUUAUUAUUAUUCAGAUAUUCUACAUUAGCUUUUUAUACUAUUAGCCCAUUUAUGUAACUGGGUCUGUCAGACCCAUAUUAUAGGCCCAGACCUGGAUUCUCCCUAUCUAUACUCCCUUAUGUAAGGCUUGUAAACAUAACACAUAGAACCAAUAUUAAUUCAUU